AAAGUCUCUGCAGCAACACAUUCCUCUUCACUACAUUGAUUCUGCAGCUAACAAGAGAAGACCAGUUAGAAAGAGUCUGAGACCAGUUAGAAAGAGUCUGAGACCAGUUAGAAUCAGUCUGAGACCAGUUAGAAAGAGUCUGAGACCAGUUAGAAUCAGUCUGAGACCAGUUAGAAUCAGUCUGAGACCAGUUAGAAUCAGUCUGAGACCAGUUAGAAUCAGUCUGAGACCAGUUAGAAUCAGAGAUGAAGUUGUUGCUUUUGUUGCUGCUGAUGGAGACUGAAGCUCAACAGAGAGGUCUGUUCCCAGCCAUCUUGAACUUGGCCAGUAACGCAGUGAUCAGCAGUAACGCCACGUGUGGAGAUCCCGGGCCUGAAGUUUACUGUAAACUGGUGGAACACGUUCCAGGACGACAGAUCAAGAACCCACACUGCCUGAGAUGUGACUCCAACUCCGUCCUGACCAAAGAACGUCAUCCGAUCACAAACGCCAUCGAUGGGACGAAUCACUGGUGGCAGAGUCCGAGUAUCAAGAACGGACGUCAGUUUCACUGGAUCACAAUAACGCUGGACCUCAAACAGAUCUUUCAGGUCGCUUACAUCAUCAUCAAGGCAGCUAACUCUCCUCGACCAGGUAACUGGAUCCUGGAGCGCUCUCUGGACGGUGUGACCUUUGACCCCUGGCAGUUCUACGCCAUCAGUGACUCUGAGUGUUUGUCUCGUUACAACAUGACGCCGAGACUCGGUCCUCCGACCUACAAGAGCGACACAGAGGUUAUCUGCACGUCUUACUACUCCAGACUGAACCCUCUGGAGCAUGGAGAGAUUCACACCUCACUGAUUAACAGCCGACCCGGAGCCGAUGAUUUGACCUCUGAACUCUUGAACUUCACGUCGGCUCGUUUCAUCCGACUGAAGCUUCAGCGAAUCAGAACGCUCAACGCCGACCUGAUGACGCUGAGUGCCCGCGACCCCCGAGAGAUCGACCCCAUCGUCACCAGGAGGUAUUAUUACUCCAUCAAAGACAUCUCUGUGGGGGGGAUGUGUAUCUGUUAUGGCCACGCCCAGAGCUGCCCGCUGGACCAAGUUACCAAGAAGCUGCAGUGUGUGUGUGAACACAACACCUGUGGAGAGAGCUGUGACCACUGUUGCCCCGGUUACCACCAGCAGCCAUGGCAACCUGGGACCGUCUCCGAGGGAAACACCUGUGAAGAGUGUAACUGUCACAACAAAGCUGUGGACUGUUUCUACAAUCAGACCGUCUCUGGACUCUUUUUGAGUUUAAACACUCGCGGCAUUCGUGAAGGGGGCGGAGUCUGUAUCACCUGUCAACAAAACACCGCCGGCAUCAACUGUGAGACCUGCAGCGCCGGAUACUACAGACCUGCUGAGUGUCUGCAGGAGUGUGCUGCAGGUUUUUUCCACCAGCCUCUGUCUGAGUUGUCGUCUAAGAGUCAGAAGUCGCUGUUUGUUCGUCCGUGUGUUCGAUGUCACUGCAACAACCACAGUGAGAGCUGUGACACGGAGACCGGAGCCUGUCAGGGCUGUCAGCAUCACACCAGUGGGCGGAGCUGUGAGCUGUGUGCCCCGGGGCAUUAUGGGAACGUCAACGGCUCCAUCAGUGACUGCUCGCUGUGUGCCUGCCCCCUACAGGACAACAGUUUCAGUCCCACCUGUGUGUCGGACGGUGUGGUUGGUGAUUUCCGCUGCACCGCCUGUCAGAAGGGAUACGAGGGGAGAUACUGUGAGAGGUGUUCUGUCGGUUACUACGGUAAGCCGUCGUUAGUGGGCGGGGCCUGCUCGCCGUGCGGCUGCAGCGGGCGGGGCUCGCUGCAGCCGCUGUGUGACGAGCUGAGUGGACAGUGUGAGUGUAAGGCCGGAGUCAGCGGACGGUCAUGUGACCAGUGUGACAAGAGACGCGUCCUGCAGGGAGGAGAGUGUGUGUCAUGUGAUGACGAGUGCACCGGAGUUCUGUUGGACCACCUGGAACAAACACACGACCACUUCCUGUCUGUCAACCUGACCGCUGUUGCCAUGGCGCCGUACCGCCAGCUGGUGCUGCUGGAGAACCAGACCAGAGACGUCCAGGUGAUGUCUUCAGGUAACAGCUCUGUGACUCUGCGUCUGUCCACAGUCGAGGACGAGCUCAAUCAUUUGACCUCCGACCUCAGCGCUCUGCUGCAGCAGGUCCCACGUCUGUCCAACGACCUGCAGAAAGUGGGCGUGUCCAUAAACAACAGCCUUUCCCAGGGUGCACUGCUGCUGGAGAGCAUCAGCAGCCUUCAGGACAGCAUCCAGGGGCUUCAGAGGGAGGCGGGGCAUCUGAACCAAACCGGAGGUAAGGAGCUGGAUUCAGCCAGUCAGACGCAUCUGCUGGAGGAGGUGGCAUCCAUGUUGGAAACCAUCAGAGCCGUCAACCUAACGGCCGCCAAUGCCACAGCCAAUCAGGAGCUCAGUCUUGCCGUCUCUCUUGUCCGCUCGCUGCAGACGGACUUCCUGUUCAGCAGGGCGGCGGUAGACGUCAGGCUCCGCCUCCUCUCCUCCCCACUCACAGUUGCCGUGGAAAUGCUGCAGCAGGCUCACAAACAGCUGAGCAACACUGAGCAACAAACCACACACACACACACUCUGCUGGACGCAACACACACACAGCUUCAACACUACCAGUCUGUCCAUCACAACCUGAGCUCUGACUGUCUUUCUGUGGACGGACUGAUGGACGACAGUCAGCUGUUGCUGGAUGACAUCAUCGUCCUGAGGGAGGAGUUUACCAACAGCACCACGCAGAUGGAGGAGGUGAGCGGUGAGCUGGACCAGUGGCGCCCCCUGCUGAGCAGACAGGUGGACGCUCUGGUUGUCGGACUGAAGACCACCGACGCUCUGAUGAUGGUUUACCGGGCAGAAGGCCACGCCCACCUGCUGCAGAGCCACGCCCACUUAAUGCACAGCUCUCUGGCGUCGGUGUGUAACGUGUCUCAGAACGGCAGCCGAUUGGCUCAGCUGGACAGUGACAUCACAGAACGAGUUGACUCCGCCCAGCGGGUUGCUUUGAUGGCCCACAGCUCCGCCUCCAUCGCUCUCAACAUCACCGUCCAAACAGAGCAGCUGCUUUCAGAAGAGGGCGGAGCCAAACUGAAAGUCAGCUCUGCUGUUUUAGAAGGAAGUCGACGAAUCAACGAGACGGCUGAAGAGCUGCAGCUGAACAUCUCCAUGGUAACCAGCAGACUGGGAUUGGUCAGAGACGGCAUCCAUAAAAGCAGCCUCCUCCUCCGUCAGCCAAUCAGAGAGCUGCAGAGCCUCCCUAACGCUUCGUCCACGGCGCUGCAGCAGGCUCGCCAUCAGACUGCAGCUGCUCGCUCCGGACUGCAUGAGGCGCUGCAGCAGCUGCAAAGACUCGGACUGCGGCUGCAGGCUUCUUCUUCUGUGGUGGAAAACACCAACAACACCGUGAGGCAGACCAACCGGCUGAUGACUCACACACACACUGCAGCCAAUGAGGCGCAGCGUAAGCUAGAGGAGGCGGAGCAUCGUACGGUGCGUCUGAUGGAGCGAAUAAAGCCGCUGAGCAUGCUGGGAGAAACGCUGAGCAGGAAUCUGUCCGACAUCAGAGAGCUGAUCGGUCAGGCCAGAAGACAAGCAGCCUCGAUUAAGGUGGCGGUUCGGGCCGACAGAGACUGUGUUCGGUCCUACAGACCUCAGGUUGAGUCCAGUAACUUCAACACUCUGAGUCUGACCCUGAAGACCUCCAGUCCAGACAACCUGCUCUUCUACCUGGGCAGCAACACCACGGUGGACGUCCUGGCCGUAGAGAUGCAUGCUGGGAAGGUUACUCUGUUGUGGGACGUGGGCUCAGGAAGCACCAGACUGGAGUUUACUGGACUGGACAUCACCAACAACCGAUGGACCAGAAUCAACGUGACCCGGUUCGGUUCCCGCUCUUCUCUGUCGGUUCAUCAGUUGGAGGCGGAGUCGGCUCCGUUGCCCGCGGUAACGGCGACAUCACCGGGACCGUCCAGAGUUCUAGACAUCGACAGGAACACAGUGAUCCACAUCGGAGGACUGGGGCCUCACACUCAGAGCCCUGCGGCGCUGCAGUCCUCCUCCUUCCAGGGAUGUUUGGGCGAAGCAUCGCUCAACGAGAGGAACAUCGGCCUCUGGAGCUACGACAGCAGAGAGGGAGAGUGUGGAGGCUGCUUCAGCAGUCCCCAGGCAGAGGAGACCUCCUUCCACUUUGAUGGAUCUGGAUUCUCAUUGGUCCAGAAGUCUCUGCGAGCGACCUCCACCUCCAUCGUCCUGCUGUUUAAAACGCUGUCGCCGGGCGGAUUACUGCUCUACUUGGCCUCCAACAACACUAGGGACUUCCUGUCCAUGGAGCUGGUGGAGGGGCGUGUCCGUUUGACUUUUGACCUCGGCUCAGGUGCUCUGAUCCUGACCUCCAAAAAGAAAUACAACACCGGAGUCUGGUACAAGAUCACCCUGCAGAGGAGCAAACGCAAAGGUUACCUGUCCAUCAUGGCAGCUGACCAAUCAUCAGACAAGGAGGUGUUGGAGGCGGAGUCUCCCGGAACGGCCUCCGACCUGAACCGCUCCGACCUGGACCCGAUCUACAUCGGAGGACUUCCUGCCUCCAGACCAAUCAGGCGACAUGUGGUCUCCAGGUUGUACAUGGGCUGCAUAAAGAACGUGGAGAUCGCUCGGUCCAACUUUGACCUGCUGAGAGACGCCUUCGGAGUCAGGAAGGGCUGCGUGCUCGAGGCCGUGCGGAGUGUGUCGGUGUUCGGAGGCUUCAUUCAGAUCACUCCUCCAUCGCUGGGUCAGGAGGCGGAGCUUCUCUUCUCCUUCUCCACCAACAACCAAUCAGGAGUCCUGCUGGCCGUCUUCAGUGACGAGCGAGCACAGAGACAUGUGAGACAGCACUUCCUGUCGGUCCACCUGAUUUCAGGUUCGUUGGAGGUGGAGCUUGGUGAGGUGGGCGGGGCUACUCGGAGGGUGAUGGUGGUGAAACCGGAUGGAGGAUCCUUCAGUGACGGAACAAAACGCUCUGUGAUCGUCGCCAUCAACAGGAAGUCUCUGUCCGUGCAGGUGGACGAGGAACACCUGAAGUCCGUGUCUGUGUCGCCGGGCGGAUUGUCUCGUUUGUCUCCAGCCUCUUUCUUCAUUGGUGGGCUGCCAUCGGGGGCGGAGUCUCGUCUGCCAAUCAGAUUACAAGAUGUGUCCAGGAGCUUCAGAGGCUGCAUCCAACACCUGGUGGUGGGCGGAGCGUUAGUCGACCUAUCAGGAGCUGUGAGGUAUGAGGGGGCGGAGCUUGACAGCUGCCUAUUGGAGGAGAAGGUAGUGGGGGCGGUACUGCCUGAUGACCAGGAUGUAGAACCCACUCCUGACCCCGCCCACCUGCCUGUACCCCCGCCCACACACUUGAGCACCUUGACACCUGGAGCACUAACGUGUGUGUCGGAGGUGGAGCCAACCUUCCUACCGUCAGCGGUUCAGUUUGGUUCCUCCAAACACAGCCACAUGACCUUCAUCAUCACCCCCAACACUGUCAAGAGAAGCGUGUCGUUGAGGUUGUCGGUUCGAAGCCGAGCUCGUGACGGGUUGAUCCUCCUCCUCUCAGACUCCAAACAGAUGGACUUCGUCGUCCUCAAACUGACCGCGGGGAGACUGGUGAUGUCAGCUGACCUGGGGAAAGGCCCCGCCUCCAUCGCCUCUUCUGUUGCCAUUAACGACGGAGAGUGGCACACCGUGGUCGGCGAGGUGAGCCGGCGGUCUGUGUUGGUGUCGGUGGACGGGUCGAGUCCGGUCUCUGUGUCCGUCAAAGGAAACCAGCUGAACGUGGACAACCGACUCUACCUGGGAGGACUGCCGCACGCACACACCACCAGGAGGAUCAAUGCCAGCAGCAGUUUUCCGGGUUGCGUUCGCUCCGUCAGUCUGAACGGCGCCAUGUUGGACCUGUCCAAGCCGGCCUCGAAGCAUGAUGUCACUUCCUGUUUCACCAACGACCAGUCAGGAAGUUACUUCAACGGCAGUGGAUACGCCGCCUUCAUGCGUGAUGGUUAUAAGGUCGGCUCUGACGUGUCGGUGUCUCUGGAGUUUCGAACGAGCCAAUCAGAAGGAGUGUUUCUGGGAAUCAGCAGCGCAAAGGUGGAUGCCAUCGGACUGGAGAUGAUCAACGGACAGGUGGUGUUUAAUGUGAAUAACGGGGCGGGUCGUGUGUCGGUGCGUUCGGUCAGUCACGUGUUGUGCGAUGGACGGUGGCACCACCUGGUGGCCAGAAAGAGCAAACACACCCUGAGUCUGAGUGUUGAUGGGCGGAGCUACACCACCAACAACCCUUACCCACAAUCCACCUCUGCUGAGACCAACAACCCUGUUUACCUGGGAGGCUUUCCAGUCGGGGUGAAACAGAACUGCCUGUCUAUCAGCUCCAGGUUCAGAGGUUGUCUGAUGAACCUGCAGCUUGUUAAGUCUCACCUGAGUGACGCUCUGGACCUAAGCUCCGCCCACUUCCUGUUGGGCGUCACUCCUAACUCUUGUCCUGUUGCCAAGCAACGCCCAGCCUCCCUCUGAUUGGUCCACAGAUAGAAACAGGACAGAGGAGUAUUAAUGUUGUUGGAUGAUGCUCAUUUCCACCUUCACUGUAACUUUGAUCUCUUUCUCCAUGAAUCAUUAAAGAUCAUCUGAAUAUAA